AUGCCGAUCCCGGACUUUGCCAACGAGGCAAUCUUCCCAAUCUUUGAGGGCCUCCCCAUCGAGGAACCCGGCGCCGCCGAUCCGCCCUCCUACGCCGCAUCCUCGGAGCCGCCCUCGUAUGCGCCGGCCCCAUCCGACCCGCCAUCCUACACGGACUCCCAAUCCGGCUCCGGCACCGCCAAAGCCUCCGCUCCCUCAUCCUCCUCCACGGCAGUCACGAGACCAUCCUCCCACGACGCACGCGAAGAAUGGUUCCUCAUAGCGCAGGUAAAACAAAACAUGACCAUCACGAAACCGACGCUCGUGGUCGUCGAUCGUCAGCAGACGGAGUUCGCCGUCACGUUUGAGGACCGCGGGAUCGAUUUGCGGCCCGUCAAGGGCGGGUGGACGAUUGUCGUGCCGCGCGGGGUGAGGACGGCGCCGAAGGGCGGGAAGAGGGGGUUUGUUAGGGUGCCGGAGGGGAAGGGGACGGGGGUGAAGUAUAUCCCUGGCGGGCUGGAACAGAUUGGGGAGUUGGGGGCGCGGGUGAGGGAGGAUGGUGGGCGGUGGUUGAGGGAGUGCGCUGGGUGCGGGAAGGGGGCUGGAGAGGGUGAGACGUUGAAGAGUUGUACUGCUUGUGUUGUUGCGAGGUAUUGUGGCAAGGAAUGCCAGAAGGAGGAUUGGAAGAAGCACAAGGGGGAUUGCAAGGUUCUCAAGGGCAUGGCGAACGCGUGGGGGAUAUGA